GGGCGGGGCCGCCGGGCAUGAAGUGGGGGCGCUGAGGUCUCCGAGCCUCACUUAAGCUUCCAGGCGCCGGGGAGAUCGUCUCCCGCCGCCGGACGGGCGUCCAGACCUCUGACCCUGGAGUCACUCACUGUCCAGGAACCGUCCCCUUCGGUCGUCACUCGGGCUGCCCGCCGUUCCCCCGCCCCGAGGGGCCCGGCCGGCCGCGGCGGGGGGAGAGGUCAGCAUGAGCCGGGUGGUCCGCUCGGCCGGAUCAGGGCAGGGGGCAGUGGUGUCCGCAGUGCAGCUGCUGGUCGCCCUGAGCUUCUUCCCGGGCGUCGUCGAGGCCCAGGUCACUGGAGUCCUGGAUGAUUGCUUGUGUGAUAUUGACAGCAUCGAUAACUUCAACACCUACAAAAUCUUCCCCAAAAUGAAAAAAUUGCAAGAGCGAGACUAUUUCCGUUAUUACAAGGUUAACCUAAAGCGACCGUGUCCUUUCUGGGCUGAAGAUGGCCAUUGUUCAAUAAAAGACUGUCAUGUGGAACCCUGUCCGGAGAGUAAAAUUCCAGUUGGAAUUAAAGCUGGGAGUUCUAAUAAGUACUUGAAAAUGGCAAAUGAUACCAAAGAAUUAGAAGAUUGUGAGCAAGCUAAUAAACUGGGAGCAAUUAACAGCACAUUAAGUAAUCAAAGCAAAGAAGCUUUCAUUGACUGGGCAAGAUAUGAUGAUUCACAGGAUCACUUUUGUGAACUUGAUGAUGAGAGAUCUCCAGCUGCUCAAUAUGUAGACCUAUUGCUGAACCCAGAGCGUUACACUGGCUAUAAAGGGCCUUCUGCGUGGAGAGUGUGGAACAGCAUCUAUGAAGAAAACUGUUUCAAGCCUCGAUCUGUUUAUCGUCCUUUAAAUCCCCUGGCACCCAGCCGAGGAGAAGAUGAUGGAGAAUCAUUCUACACAUGGCUAGAAGGUUUGUGUCUGGAGAAAAGAGUCUUCUAUAAGCUUAUAUCAGGACUUCAUGCUAGUAUCAACUUACAUCUAUGCGCGAAUUAUCUUUUAGAAGAAACCUGGGGUAAACCUAGUUGGGGACCCAAUAUCAAAGAAUUUAAACGCCGUUUUGACCCUGUGGAAACUAAGGGGGAAGGUCCAAGAAGGCUAAAGAAUCUGUACUUUUUAUAUUUGAUUGAGCUUCGAGCUUUAUCAAAGGUGGCCCCAUAUUUUGAACGCUCAGUUGUUGAUCUUUACACUGGAAAUGUAGAAGAAGAUGCUGACACAAAAACCCUUCUACUGAAUAUCUUUCAGGAUACAAAGUCCUUUCCCAUGCACUUUGAUGAGAAAUCCAUGUUUGCAGGUGACAAAAAGGGAGCCAAGUCAUUAAAGGAGGAAUUCCGGCUGCAUUUCAAGAAUAUCUCUCGUAUAAUGGACUGUGUUGGAUGUGACAAAUGCAGAUUAUGGGGGAAAUUACAGACUCAGGGUUUAGGAACGGCUCUGAAAAUAUUAUUCUCUGAAAAAGAAAUCCAAAAGCUUCCAGAGAACAGCCCAUCUAAAGGCUUCCAGCUCACUCGACAGGAAAUAGUUGCUCUUUUAAAUGCUUUUGGAAGGCUUUCCACAAGUAUAAGAGAAUUACAGAAUUUUAAAGUAUUAUUACAGCACAGUAGGGAUGCAAAUAUAGCAUGGUGGGGAAGGAGUCCCUAACGCAGAUUUGUCUAGAAAGUGAAUAUCUAAAUUAUCUUACUGGUAAAUUAAUAAGAAUUAUUCAUUACUUAGUGUUCAAGAGUUUAAGAAAAUGUGAAAAUUUUGCACUUUGUCUAUUAUUAUUAUUACUGUAUGUUUAAAUAUCUUUUUGGUAGUGUUACUUUACCAUUCCUUCAGUAAAAGAAAAAGACUAUUAUUUAAACUCUCCUUACUUGAGAAAAUCCUUGGUCAUUUCCAUUUGUUGCUUUUUAUCUUUACUGUGAUUUGUUUUAAGCUUAGGAAAAAUGUAUAUUAGAGUCAGUUUUAGGAAAACAAAAGGUCUACUUAGGGUAAAAAGUUCUUUUCAAAGUUUUGGCACAUUAUCUCACUACUAAGAGAAUAAACAAAUGAAGUAUUCUUAAACAGCAAUUCACUGAACUUUAUUUUACCAUAAAAUCAAUUGGGGUCGGGGGGUGUGGGGUGGGAGGACGGUAAUUUUUGUGUGUGUAUUUUUUAAAUGAUUGUAUAAACUGGAGGAAUCUUUGUUUUGUGAACCUGGUGAUAUUUGAUGGUCCUUGUGAUAUAUAAACUGUUUUUCCAAUUCACAUACUUUUUGUUGUGAAGUGAUAAUAGAGUACUGACUGCAUUGUGAAAAUCUUUGGCUGGUAAAUACCUCUUGGCAUUUUGUCUUUCUCUCAUUACCUAAUUUAAAAAUCCAGCACUUAUAACUGACCAAAAUGAUUGUGGCAGCUGAUGAGGUAAUGAAAAUGAAGAAAAGGAAAAUAUUGUUUCCUUUAAUGGCUUGACUUUACUCUUUCUUAAGUGGCAUCUAUGUAAAGUAGAAAAACUAUUAAAAUUGGUGAACUUUGAAUGUUUCUUCUGUUUUGCUUCUUAGAUUACGAAUAGGAUCAGACAAAAUGUAAUAGAUUUCACAGUUUUGAAAUCUGAUAAGUGAAAACAUUUUAAUAUUGUGAAUUACUCGAUGCUUGUAACAUCUUUAUGUAUAUGAAACACUGUGCUGUAUUUUCCAACUUUGUCAGGUGCCAUUGUAUGUAAGAAAGGACACCUAUUUUGAUCUUCACAGCAUUGCCUUCAACUGGAAAUUUGGGAACAGCUCACAGUAAGCCUCUCAGCAGUUUACAAACUGAAGUACCUGCAGAAACCAUAGCUGUUCACCAAAAUACACAGAUUGGGUGCAUGGUAUUAUGGAAACUAUUUGGUAAAAACGAAACACAAAUUCAAAUUCAUGUGUACGGCAAAGUAACAUUUACAGGUGCAGCUUUGAUUUUGAACAAAAUUCCAAAUAAGCUGCUAAUGUACCCAACAGAUUCUAGAAAAUGUGGAUUAAAGUAAAUGUUUCUGCAGUCUUUUCUUGCUUUUUUUGCCUCCUAAGUGUUCCUUUUAUGAGGAUUUGAUUAUAAUUUGUGGAGAAGGAAGAAAAUAUAUUUGUAAGUAGUCUGAUACUGUUUCUUAUUAUAGUCAUGAUAGCAAGCAUUUGCUGACACUAUAUUAAGGGCUUUACAUGCAUUAUCUUAUUUAAUCUUCACAACAGCACUAGUAGGUAGGUAAAAUUACUUCAUUUUAUAAAUGAAAAAUGAGAAUUAAGAAAGACUUGUAACUUGUCCACGGUCACAAAUUCUAUGUUGUAGAGCUAGAAUUUGACUCCAGAGCCUCUAUUCAGAAUGUGGUAUAUUCAUAUAAUUUCAUGGUUGGUCUAUUACCAUUCAGCUAAAAAUUGGGGACUUUUAAUAUCUUUUGAUUUGAACUGAGUCAUGUGGCUUUUUUUAAAAAUAUACUUUUUAUUUAAUGUUUUGAAUAGGUAAUACAUUCACAUGGUUCAAAAACCAAAAAAUAUAAAAAGUUAUACAAUGAAAUGUAUUCCUUCCAUCUUUGCCCCAUCUUCUCAGUAACACCCCCCCCUCCCCACCCACUACCAUCAUAAAUAACCUCUGUUCUUGGAUUCUUAUUUUUCCACCAUCCAGACUUUUUAGGCAUAUACAAGCAAAUACAAAUGUAAAGUCUUGUUUUUUCUCUCAUUUUUACCCAAAGAGUGGCAUCAUAUAUAUACUGUCUUUCACUUUGUUUUUUCCCUUAAUAUUUCUUGGUAAUCUUCCCAUAUUACUAGAUAGUGUUCCUGUUUUUUCAGUGGCUGCUUCGUAUUCCAUGGUGUGGAUGUGUCAUCAUUUCAUUAAUCAGUCCCCUGUACGUUUGCCAUUUCACAUGUAUGUAAGUGUAAGUACCUGUAGGAUAAAUUCCCAAAAGUGGAAUUGUUGGGUCAAAUACCAUAUGCAUUUGUAAUUUUGAAAGAUAUUGCCAUAUUACUCUCCUUAGUUACCAGUUCAUAUACCCACCUGCAGUUUAUCGUGGUGUCUGCUUACCCACAACCUCACCAACCCAGAUGUUAUCAGACUGUGAGAUUUUUACCAUUCUGAUUUAUGAAAAAUUAUCUCUCAAUGUAUUUUUAGUUUAUAUCUUUCUUAAUACGAGUAAGGCUGAGCACCAUUUAAUAUGUUUAAGGGCUGUUUGUAUUUCCUUUUGUGUUAAUAUCUUUUGCCCAUUUUUCCACUGCAUUGUUGAUCUUAGCAAUAUCUAGGAGUGCUUUAUAUGUUACAGUAAGUUAUAGAUCCAACCUAAUUUUUUCGCAGAUGACCACCCAGUUGUUCCAGUUCCACUUACGGAACAGCUAAUCUUUUCCCUAGUAGCUUGAGAGGCUGUAUUUAUCAUAUGGAAAUUCCCGUUAUGUAUUUGGUUAUCUGGGUUCUCUGUUUCAUUGAUCUGCCUAUC